AUGGGUCCAACAUGCACGAUCGCUCACUGCGAUCUGGUGUCCGAUCUCCUGCAGCGACUGCUUGAAGGCAAUUCAGACACCCACCUUGUUGUCUGUGCAACCAGAGCCGAGUUCUUGGUGCAACUCACAGCAGCCAUUCGCUCACGCCGCACUGAUCCAGACACUGCAGGGAGCCAUGACCUGCUUACAAAAACCAUCGGGCUACUUGCAAGAUCCAGCAAAAUCAGGCUGGUAUUCUGCCCGAGUUUAGAGUCUCUUCGGGCGUACCUUGCCAUUUUCGAACCUGCUGCUGAGGCGGCUACUGAGGACGAAUCGCUUUCUCAUGACCGACAACUCCUUGCUGUCCUUGAUAUGGUGGCUUUGCAUGUUACGACUUCAGAAUUCUCGGCACAAGGACUGUCAAGAACACUUGCUUCUGUUGUUGAAGCUUCCUCCAGGGCGGGGAUGGAUCUCCGACUUUAUGAGUGCAUGAAUGCUCUAGACCCUUCAAGUGCUGCCAGGGAAGAAAGCUAUGGGAUGUGA